UCUCUUAAGUACAAAAUGCAAAACUAUCGUACAAAGCUUGGCCGUCUUGGACAUCCUGAAAUCCUUGUGAACUCCUUAAAGCACAAGAAAACAGGCCAAGGCAAAGCUGCAGCAAACAUAAAAAAAACAAGAAAAGCUGAAAUAAACUACAUUCCUCUGCACCCAAAAGGCGAAACCACAGAAAGCUUGGAGAAUGAGAGAAUUGCCUUAUUGUCAGAACUGAAAAAGCGUGACAAUGAAGUGGUGAUAAAAGCAAAAAUGGAAAAAACCUUCUCUCACAGACGCCUUGAGAUUGUGGAGCAAAGGCCUUUGAUAGGGGACUUCAAAUGCAGAUGGCCUGCUCUGUUUCAGCAGAGUGAAGUGAAUGCGGAGUUUUUGAGGAUCACAACAUCACCACUUCAAUCAAAGUUCAUGUGGCAGCUGGACCACUUCUCAGACAAGCUCUUGAAGAUCUUCAAGAUCAAAGGAGGACUAAAGGGCCACAAAAUCAAGGAAGCCCUUGCAAUAUCAGAUUCGUUUGAAAACAUCCACAUCAAGAGGGGGUGCAUCCUGCGAAGCAUCGCGAUCUACCUCAACGAGGAUCCAGACUCUUUUUUUAAGGAGUAUCAGGCCACUGCCUCUGAAGAUGCCAAGAGGGACAUGGCAAACACAGUCAUGGGCAUAUACACACUUCAAAGAGAUGUGGAUGGGCAGCAAGAGGACGUGGGAAUUGUCAUCGAAGGCAAUAUAGUCAUGGACAACUUGGGCAGCGUGAUUGUGGGGUUUGUCAUGCUAUUGGGACUUAUUUAUGCCCUGGAUUUGAGCUUUCCGGACAACCUCAAACACACCUUCGAGUUCAUGCAGAAGGUAGUGAUGAAUCUGGAUGGGCACAAGCUGAAUGGUAAAAUCGAAAGUCUGAAGAUCAAGUUGUUCGAUUGAAAUGUGAAAAAGAAGUGACUCAUGAGUUCAUUGUUGUCAUUUUAUUCACGAGUUUCCUAAUCAGAGCAGAUUGAGCCGUUAUAUCAAUCAUUUGUUCUGUGCUUUUCUGUAUUUGUUUGUU